CAUCGAGUCUGGAGCUUCUUGCGAAACCAUGAUAUGCUGCCGGAGGCCGAGUAAUUCGAGAUCCGAUCAAUGACGCGAGCAGCCAUUCAAACACAUCGAAGUCUUUGCUCGCGAAGAAUUGCUGCCUGGGUGGUCGUCUAAACACAUCGCGUGUAGAUCGGACCUCGACCAUACAAACUCGAACGCGAACAUAACCCCAUGUCUAAAGACAGCAGUUCACCGGCAAGAUGCGCUUCAGGGCGAGCAUUCACAACGUCAACACCUUCACCAAGUUCACGGCAUCGCUCGCCAGUCUCGGGAAUGUCGCCUGGGUGAGAUUCAACGAUACGGACGUUCGAUUCACAGUCAUACCCGAAGUGGGCACGCAAGUAUGGGCUGUCGUGGCCAUCGAUAAUCUCUUCGAAACAUACUCCAUCCAGUCGGCAGCAGAGAACAACACCAUCAAUCUGGAAGUUCCACUGGCCGCCUUGCAGAGAGCUUUGAAGAGUGCUCACAAUGCCGUGUCUGCCAGCAUCCGACUCACCAAGAAAGACAAUAUGCCGUUGCUUUCUCUCACCAUUAUCACCCAGACUAUGAUGAGUAGUGCUCCACAAUUUGGCAAUGACUCCUCAUCCACCAUGAAUGGUGACACGAACGGCUUCGGCACCUCAGACACCUUUCGCGAAGAAAGCGUCGAAAUGUUUGGCAAUCGGCAGGACCGCGAGACGACUGUCACACAAGAUGUGCCAGUUCGCGUUCUCGCACCGGCCUCCAUUGAAGGACUUCACGAACCUCAAUGUCGGGAUCCAGAUGUGCAUCUCACCCUGCCAAAUCUCCUCCAGCUCAAAGGCAUCAGCGAUCGCUUCACCCGUCUCGCCGCCACCUCGAAAGCCACUCGCAGCACAGGGUUCAACAGCGCCGCUUCGGGACCAAAACUCGAGCUCAGCGGUAACAUGCACGGCUGUCUCCGCCUCACGCUCCAGACAGACACGAUGAAGAUCAGCAGUCUCUGGACGGGACUGGAGAAUCCCGAACUCGAUCCCACGCACAUCCCGGAUGGUGAAGAGGGAGUCGCGAACCAUCCCAGCACAAGGAUGAAAGAGUUGGGUGAUGCGACGGGCCAGAGCGAGGAAGGAUGGGCGACUGUGAGAGUCGAGGGUAGAGAUUGGGGCCGAGUGCUCAGUGUCGGUCGACUGGGAGGGAGAGUGGUGGCAUGCUUCUGCGACGAGCAUGCGUUGGUGUUGUAUGUUUAUGUGAAUAGUGAUGAGCCUGGGAUGGGAGAGUCAGUGUUUACGUACUACAUCUCUUCCUACGCUCAGUGA